AUGCAUUUGUUACAAGUAGGAAAGGCUGCGAACAUGGCGGGAAACAAAUAUGGGCUGGUUGGUUUGCUGUGUCUACAAGCCCUAGUUCCACUUGAAGGCAGCCCAACGCAUGGACAUGCGGCAUACAAGGCUUCUUUGCAACACCAUUCUUUUGCCGUGCCGCUGGAGUAUUCCAUGCUGCUUAGCGACUGGGUGCUGAGCGGCGCUAGCAUCUUCGAAAGGGAACGCUUGCUGCUGCACCCCGCAGUAUCUGAACGCCAAGGCUUUGCCUGGAACAAGCAGCCACUUCAGACCAACAAUUUCGAGGCUAGCUUUUCAUUUCGUGCUUCUGGAGCUGGAGAUCCUUCGAAGGUCGUGGAUGACCAAAGCUUUGCUUUCUGGUUUGUCCGGCAGAACAUAUCUGGUGAUUUCAACGAAUCUGCUGCCAUCCGUGCCUCUUCUUGGUCGGAGGGCCUGAAGGAGCUGGGUUACACUUUGACGGGCUCCAAGGCGCUUUUUGAAGGCAUCGGAGCUGUUUUUUCGACAGCAAACCUCGCAAAGAAGCCAGGGUCGGUCGUGUCAUUCAUCAGCAACGACAACCAUCAAAGUCUGGGGUAUGGCAUCGACGUGCCCACAAGCAAUGCCAAGGCAAUCGAUUUCAGAAACAAGGACGUUGAGUUCAAGAUUCGGGUGCAGCCCGUGUCGGUGCAGGGCCAGAUCACUGUUGAUGGCAAAACCGAAGAAUGCUUCAACGUAGAUCGAAAGAACUUUCCUGUGAAGGCAGGCGGCUACAUCGGCUUUACAGCUUGGAGUGGUUCAGCAGAACCCACCAAAUCUCCGGAUGGCGUGUCACUGACAAAGGUGCAGGUGGUGAACUUCGAUGACCAGGCAGUCGGUGAAGACAUCAUGGGGACCAGUGCCAAGGAUAAGAUUGCGUACGAAGCGUUGAUGUCAGAGGAUUCGAGAUACUUCCAGGACCAGCAAGCACAGACGGAGCACAUCGGAAGAAUAACAUCAAUGUUGUCUGCACAUCUGAAUGAGACUAAGCCGACGUACGAUGUCAUGGCCUUCCAGGUCUCAAGCCUCAUGGACUCCCUGAACAAGUUGGACCGUGACUGUCGUCUCCUGACGAAAGAGAUGCAGGUCCUGGCUGCAGAUCCAAAGAGCGCGAAGACUCCAAAGAAGGCGACAAAUUUGCAGGAGAUGAAGGUCCACGUUAUGGGCCUUCGCAGGCUACUGGACAAGGAGGGGGCAGCUCACAUGCACAAGCUUGAGGCCGUGCAGAAGAAUUUGAAAGAAGUCAAGCAGCAAGCCGACAAGGCCGGCGGGUCGUCCAUCUCGAAGAUAGUCGACCAAACUUCCGUGCUUGAGAAGAGCGUUGUGUCCAGAAGUUCGCAGAUGUCUUGGAUGCUGGUGGUUCUUCUAGUGGCCACGGUGACAAUUGGAGUACUGAUGUGGAACAGGAUGAGAUACUACGAGAAGAAGCAUUUCAUCUGA